AAGAAGAGGUUAAAUUUCCUGCAACAAGGCGUACCGUCAGUGUGAGCGACAACAGAGCUGCAGUCGAGACGUGUGUGUGUGUGUGUUUCUCUCUACACAAACAUUCAACUGAAUCCAGCAGGUUUCCAUCAACAACUGGUGAGUUCACUGACCUACAGAGACAACAGGAAACUGAAGAUUCCGUCGUAAGAGUGUAGACAUGGCUGCUGCCAACUGUCUGCUGACUGAAGAUCAGUUUCUGUGCUCCAUCUGUCUGGAUGUCUUCAGCAAUCCAGUCAGCACACCAUGUGGACACAACUUCUGUAAAACCUGCAUCACUACACACUGGGAUACUAAUGUCCCGUGUCAGUGUCCAAACUGUAACAAGGUUUUCUACAUCAGACCUGAGCUGUUUGUCAACACCUUCAUCUCUGAGAUGGCUGCUCGGUUCAGACAGUCAGCUCAACAGAAAGCCAGCAGCAGCAGCUCAGAGCAACAAGUUUCCAAACCAGGAGAAGUUCUCUGUGACAUUUGUGCUGGAACCAAACUGAAGGCCCUGAAGUCCUGCCUGGUGUGUCUGGUCUCCUACUGUGAGACUCAUCUGGAGCCUCAUCUGACAAGAUCAGGCCUGAAGAAACAUCAGCUGAUCGACCCUGUGGAGAACCUGGAAGGCAGGAUGUGUCUGAAGCACGAUAAACUGCUGGAGCUGUUCUGUAAGACCGACCAGACAGGCGUCUGCAUGCUCUGCACAGACCACAAGACACAUGAUGUUGUUCCUCUGAGAGAAGAAUAUGAAGGAAAGAAGGCCGAGCUGGGGAAGACAAAGGUUAAAAUUCAGCAGAUGAUCCUGAAGAGACGACUGAAGAUUGAAGAGAUCAAACACUCUGUGAAGCUCAGUGCAAAAGAUGCAGACAGAGAGAUAGCAGAUGGUGUUCAGGUCUUCACCGCUCUGAAGGAGUCUGUUGAGAGAAGCCAGGCCGAGCUCAUGGACACGAUCAAAGAGAAGCAGAGAAAGACAGAGAAACAGGCUGAAGGCUUCAUCAAAGAGCUGGAACAGGAAAUCUCUGAGCUGAAGAAGAGGAGCACUGAGGUGGAGCAGCUCUCACGCUCUGAAGACCACCUCCACCUCCUCCAAAGCUUCAUGUCCCUGAACACUGCUCCACCCACCAAGGACUGGACAGAGGUCAGCGUCGUUCCACCUUCACAUGUUGGGGCAGUGAGGAAAGCUGUGAAUGAGCUGGAGGAUACGAUCAAUGAACAGAUGCAGACGCUCUUCGCCGAAGUCGAGCUGCAGAGGGUCCAGCAGUCUGCAGUGGAUGUGACACUCGAUCCUGAUACCGCACACCCCAAACUCAUCCUGUCUGAUGAUGGGAAACAAGUUAAACGUGGUGAUGUAAAGAAGAAUCUCCCGAACAAUCCCAAGAGAUUUGAUUAUUGUGUUAGUGUCUUAGCAAAGCAGAGUUUCUCUUCAGGAAGAUUUUAUUUUGAGGUUCAGGUUAAAGGGAAGACUAACUGGACUGUAGGCGUGGUUGGAGAGUCGAUCAACAGGAAGGGAAACAUCACACCGAGCCUUCAGAACGGUUUCUGGACGGUAUCAUUGAGGAACGACAAUGAGUACUAUGCUCUUGCUGAUCCUGCAGUCUGUCUCUCUCUGGAGUCUCAGCCUGAGAAGGUGGGGGUGUUUGUGGAUUUUAAGGAGGGCCUGGUCACUUUUUAUGAUGUUGAUGCUGCAGAUGUUAUCUGCAGCUUUACUGGCUCCACCUUUUCUGAAAAACUCUACCCAUUCUUCAAUCCUGGUCCAAAUCAUGAUGGUCAGAACUCUGCCCCACUGAUCAUCUCUCCUGUCAAUCGCUAAAUAGAACACUUGAUUUACUACAAAAAGAAAUGACUUGUUGGGAUUGCAAUAACUUUUUUCCCACCCCUAUUCUGUAGAUAAAACCAGAAUGCAAUGAUUUGUAAAUCUCUUUUGGAUUGCCUUUGCUUCAGAAAGACUUGUCUGGAGGAAAUGAAAGAGAGGCAAACUUCUCCCAGUAGUCAUAACAACAUCAUGUUACGAAAGUAUCAAGUUCAGCUCAGUAAUAACUGUCAAGGUUCAUAGACAUGUCAUUUGUUUUUUGCUAGUAACACAAUAUUAGCUUUAAUUUAGCAUAAAUUAGCAGCUAGCGGUGUUUUCUUCGCUCAUAACAAAGUGCAUGCUAAAUAUCUUGUCUUUGUUCUGUUUUCAUUUGAAUGUAAGUCAAAAUAGAUAUGCACAUCACUGCAUUCUGUUUGUACAUUGUACACAGCGUUUUUUGUUUUUCUAUUUUCUUGAUUACAUUUAUCUUUGAUCAAGAACACCAGUUUGAGAACAAUGACUGAUGUGACAUCAUGUUGUCUAAUCUGUUUUAAUGGGUGCAACAGCUUCAAUUAAGGGAUUUCAAACACCACAUAUAAUGCUGCAAUACAUGACAAGUGCAAUUAAUCAAAGAAGCGUUGCCAAAAAGUUGCUUUGUUUAAAGUCAUUCCAUGUUCAUUUGGCAAAUUUUAAACUUUGGUCACUGAUGUAUAAAAAUGUUGGAUUUUUGUGCAGUUAUUGAGGCAAAAUGUCUGAAUAAGAAAGUAAUUACACUUUUUAAAGAAAUAAACACAACAUAAAAACUGUG